AUGUCCAGUAGCAGCAGUGAGUCUGAUUCGUGUAGCGAGAAUGACGCUGUAGCGACUACAGAAGCUAACCGUAAUAGGCUAGGUACUGUCGAUUUGAACACACCAAAAUCACUGCAGAAAGUCAGCUCUACACAAAAGAAGACGAAACAACAAAGCAUGUUUGCUUUUGUUGCAAAGAAGGAUCUGACAGCAACUGCAGCUAGUGAGUAUUUGACCAAAACUUCCAGAAUGACUGUUUCUACUCCUGCAAGCAAGAAGGCUAGUUAUGAUGCAGUCUAUGAUGCUGAAACACGAAGAAGACAAUUUGUCCCAAGUUGGAAAGAUCGAUUUCCUUGGCUGCAGUUGUGUGUAGAAGAAAUAGGAAGUGAUGGAAACGUGCGUUCCGAUUUCAUGAGAUGCAAAUUGUGUUGUAAGCACUCUUUAUAUGCAGAUAACCGAAGUCCUUUUGUUUUGGGGACCACAAAGUUUAGAAUAGACCCUAUUAAAAAGCAUAGUGUUUCGAAACAGCACUUGGCAUGCGUCCACGCUGAACACAUGAGCUGUCAGCAAGCAGCAGAUGCUGAAACUACAGCAAUUGGGUCAGGUAUUCCGCGCCUCCAUGAAGCGGAACGACAACGAUACAGAUGUCUGUUUCGAACAGCUCAUGCUGUUGCCAAAAGAUAUAAACCCUUUGUCGACUAUGAAUACAUAUGCAAGCUACAAAUUUUGAAUGGCGUUGAUUUGGGUAAGAAUUAUUUGCACGAAAAGGCUGCAGCCAAGUUUAUCAAGUAUGUGGCUGAUGAGAUCAGACUGACAACAGCUCGUGCUCUGGUUGAACAUCGAUACGUCUCGGUAAUAAAUGAUGGAUCAACAGAUUUAACUGUGAUAGAGCAAGAGAUGGUUAUGGUACGAUACGUUGAACUUUCUAGUUGUCAACCUGUAACGAAGUUGGCUGCCUUGGUAGACCUGAAGCACGCCAACGCAGAUGGAGUGUAUUCAGCUUUGCAAACAGGCCUGAAGCAUGUUGUGAAUGAUGAUCUCCCCGAUGCUCUAAGUAUUGUUUGCGGCAAUUUUGAUGGUGCUGCUGUCAUGAUGGAGGCUCGCAAUGGUGUCAAGGCUAAGCUCAUUUGUGACCAUCCCUGUGCUACAAUAGUACAUUGUGUUGCACACAAACUGGAAUUGGCUGUUCUCGACGCGGUUAAGAAAACGUGUUAUCUUGAUGAGUUUGAAGAACCUCAAAGGAAAUUAUUAAGCUUAAGCAUUAUUCCCCUAAACGACGACGGGAACUGUGACAAGUUGCGGAUACUCUUUUUGAAGAUGAUCUCAAGUCAUUCUCCGACAUCAAACAGAUCAGAUGGAUUGUCAGCAAAGAGCGAGCUCUAA